ACCCUCCGGUCCUUAUUGGGGGUGGGUGUUGUUCGGCGGCACAGCCGGCCCUGCCGUCGUCGUCAGUGUGCUCGCACCCGCCGUCCUCGAAGCACCCAAAGCUGCCAACUGCAUCUUCUCGCGCCGACCAUCUGGUAUCAGGAUGACUAUGGAUUUGCAGCAGCGAUCCAGGGAGCCCUGCGCAGGAUGCAACGACUCAGGUCGCAGACCAAACAGCCCAAGUGGCACCCUGAAGUCGGCCGCCGAAAUCACUACGCCCUCUGCCGUGAAAAGGAGCUUUGACGUCGCCUUCCUCGUCUCGCCCGACAUCAAAAUGAACAAGAAGGAGGACUUGCAGGUCACGCACGACCUGAGCCGCAAGAGCGCUUUCACGAAGGUCGUCAAUGGUAAGGAGUCACCUGAGCGGUCGCCCUUCGACUUCACCCCGAAGCACUUCCAGCAGCAGAAAGCCACCUUCCAGUCGUACGCCUUUCCUCAGUCCAACCUGAUCCUGAACUCGCCGGGCAGGGACAAGCUGAUCAACAGCUACCUGAGCAAGCCGCGCUCAGGGUACCCCUACUCGAGCGGCGAGAAGGACCUGCUGCACCCCCUGCUGUACCCUGCCGAGGCGUACAUCUCGGCCGCCUACCCCUACUCCAACUUCAUGUCUUCGCCCUCCCCUCCGCAGCCUCGCGACCUGACGCGCGCCUCCAACCCCCCCUCCUCUACCUCAGGUUCGUCGCCGGCAACGGUGGCGCCGUCUUUUCUGUCGGUGGCCGUUUCGCCGGCGGUGUCGUCGCUGCUGCCGCCGUCGCUGGCCGCCCUGAGUCUGCCGGCGCAGAACGUGUGCGCCAAGUGCAACCUGAGCUUCCGCAUGACCUCCGACCUGGUGUACCACAUGCGGUCGCACCACAAGCACGAGGCGGCCGACCCGUUGCGGCGCAAGCGCGAGGAGAAACUCAAGUGUCCGGUGUGCAGCGAAAGUUUCCGCGAGCGCCACCACCUGACGCGCCACAUGACGGCCCACCAGGACAAGGCCGGCGACAGGGAGGACCCUGCCGACCUGCUCGUCAGCGCCGCCAAGUGACGCCAGCCGGCGGCCAAAAGGGCCACGGCCGCCCACCUCGUGCUGCAGCAGCCCUUCGGCCAGUUCCACGAUUGAAAUCAGACUUAAAGUGGCUUUAAGGGGGUGAGAACUUUGACAAAAUUUGAAGAAUUAUAAAGAUAAUAAAUUUAAAUUUUAGCCCUGGUGAUUCAAGUGGGUGUUUUUAGAAAAAAAAAAUCAUAGUCAGUUCAAAUUUUUUUAACAAAAUAAAAUAAUUCUGUUAUUUUUUGUGAAAACUGAUAGAAUGUUUGCGCGAAUCUACCCCUUUUAAAGCCACGAAGAUUAUCUUAAAUUUAGGAAACGUUGUUGAAUUGUAUCUAAUCCUCAGUCGGGGCCCAAAAUAACAAUUGAGAAAUGUUAAAUAAAUUGCAUUCGCCCGUGAAAAAUGUAUAAUGUUAGGCCUAAAUUGGACGAGAUAAGCAUGUACUUGUGUUAUAUAUACCCACGCGACAUUGUUAAGCUGUGCACGCUGAAUUUUCUCUCCUUAUCAAGACCAAGCUAAUUAGUUGAUGAUGUACUUUGUUACUCGCUGGUAUGUUUGGCUAAUCAAAUACUACACGCGGUAGAUUUAGAGAGAUGAAAUCUUGCACGCAGACCUCUCACCUUAUCGCCGGGCUAAGUGCAUGUGAGAUGAAUAUUAAGUGCGCCGUGUGUAACCUCUGAGCAAAUUAACUUUCCCCUCGGCCCCCAAACCAUUAUCACGCUCUCCAUCAUAUUCCGUCGGCCACUCGACUAUACCAUCAGUGUUUGACGUGCAGCUCUAGUCCGUUACGUAUAUUUGUGUUCAAUGUGAUCUUAAGAUAAUUGAU